AUGUCUUCCACAGGAGCAUCUGAUUCUGGCUCGAAUCCUUCGAUGCUACACGGCCAUGCAGCUUACGUCGCUGCUGCCGCGAAGGAGACCAUCGGAUCAUAUACCUCUGCCGACAUGCACAGUGCAGGCAGCGCUGAUAAGCAAGCUGCGGUCGAUGAGAUGCGUGCUGCGAAGCAGGCUAGUGACGCUCAAGGUGAGGAGAUAAGCAAGAACCAGACACUUGGCAAGGUAGAGCAGAGUCUGGGGAGUGCCACUGGUUGCGAAGGCAUGGAAGAAGAAGGCGGGAAGCGUCAAAGUUGA